UACUCAUUGAACAAUGAGGAAAUGAGAAAGACAUUGAAUUCAAACCAUGUGCCCAUGGCCAGGAGAGGUCUUGGAUCCAAGGGAGCCAAGAUACAACUCUUAGCGAACCAUUUUCGAGUUGGCCUGAGCAAGAAUGACGGCUACUUCUAUCACUACAAUGUUGCUUUAUGUUAUCAAGAUGGACAUGCGGUUGAAGUGAAAGGAGUUGGGAGAAAAGUCAUUGACAAGCUUUGUGAAACAUAUGAUGUAUUAAGAAACAAGAAUUUUGCAUAUGAUGGCGAGAAAAGUUUAUUCACUCUUCGUUCUCUACAUCAUAAAAAGCAGGAAUUCAUUGUUGUGUUAGAGGAAGUUUCAUCAACGAGAGUUGGAAGCAACCCUUCUGAAGCAACCAAGAGAAUGAAGCAUCAAUCUCGGUCCAAAACAUUUAAGGUUGAGAUUAGUCAUGUAUCUAAAAUUCCGUUACAAGAAAUUACAGAUGCCUUGAGAGGUCAGGAAUCUGAACACUAUCAGGAAGCAUUUAAUUUCCUUGACACAAUACUGAGGCAGAAUGCAGCAAAACAGGGAUGUCUCCGUAUUCAUAAAUCGUACUUUCACGAUAAUCAAAAGAAUAUUACAAACCUGGAAGGUGGUAUUCAAUGUUGUCGUGGCUUCCAUUCGAGCUUCAGAGUCACACAAAGAGGUUUAUCUCUCAAUGUUGAUGUGUCAACUACAUUACUUGUAAAGCCUGGUCCUGUAGUGGACUUCCUUCUCCAGAAUCAGAAUGUUCAGAAACCAAACUUGAUUGAUUGGACCAAGGCAAAAAGAAUGUUGAAAAAUCUUAGAAUCAAGGCUAACAAUACACAACGCAAAAUCACUGGACUAAGUGAAAAGUCCUGCAUGACACAAAAUUUUUUAUUUAAACAUGGAAAUGAUGCUAAUGGUGAAGUGCAGUCAAGUGAAAUAACAAUUUAUGAAUACUUCAAACGCCACAAAAAGAUUGAACUUUGUUAUUCUGUUGAUAUGCCAUGCAUCAAUGUUGGAAAACCAAAGAGGCCAAUUUAUUACCCUAUGGAGUUAUGCACAUUAGUCUCAUUGCAGCGAUACACUAAGCCGUUAGCGCAUAAACAAAGGGCUCAACUGAUAUUGGAAUCAAGGACUAGUCCUCGUGAAAGGAAAGAAGCUUUGCAAUAUUCUUUAAGAAACAGCAGAUAUGGCGAUGAGCCUAUGCUUCGCUCUUUAGGGAUUACUAUCGAACCUUCCUUUACACAAGUUGACGGUCGUGUCUUGCAACCUCCGACACUUAUUGUUGGAAGGGGACAGAACUUUUGUCCCCGAAAUGGGAGCUGGAAUUUCAAUGAUAAGAAACUAAUUGAACCUGUGAAGAUUAAGCGUUGGGCAAUUGUAAACUUUUCGUCACAGUGUGAUACGAAACAUUUGUGCAGUAUGAUUAAAAAAUGUUCUGAAAUGAAAGGGAUGCUCAUAGAUCCUCCGUUCGACAUAUUUGAAGAGGAUAUUCGCCAUAGGAAUGAGUCGCCAUUUGCGAGGGUUGCAAGAAUGUAUGAAAUGGUAAAGGCCAAGCUACCUGGACCCCCUACGCAUCCUCUAGCUCAGCUUCUUUUGUGUAUUCUUCCGGUUAGCAGGAAUUGUAACAUUUAUGGUCCUUGGAAAAGAAGAUGUCUUGUUGAUGAAGGGAUUGCAACACAAUGCAUUGCUCCAACAAAAAUUAAUGAUCAUUACAUUAUUAAUGUUCUAUUGAAAAUUAAUGCAAAGCUUGGUGGGAUGAAUUCCUUUUUGUUAACUGAAUUUAAGCAUUCGAUACCACUGUUUUCAAAAAUACCUACAUUGGUUAUUGGAAUGGAUGUUUCACAUGGAUCUCAAGGUCAAUCAGAAGCACUAUCCAUUGCUGCGGUUGUGAGCUCAAGAUGUUGGCCUCAAAUCUCUCGUUACAAAGCUGUAGUCCGCACUCAGUCGUCAAAAGUAGAGAUCGUUCAGUCUCUAUUCAAGCCUGUUUCUGAUACUAAGGAUGACGGUAUCAUCAGUGAGUUGCUUAAAGACUUCCAAACAACUUCAGGAGUAAAGCCUCAACAAAUUAUAAUUUUCAGGGACGGCGUGAGCGAAUCACAGUUCAACCAAGUCCUCAACAUUGAAUUGAAUGAAAUCAUAAAGGCAUGUAAGUGUUAUGAUGAAAGUUGGUGUCCAAAGUUUACUUUGAUUGUUGCUCAGAAGAAUCAUCACACUAGGUUCUUCAAAGCCAAUUCUCCUCAAGAAAAUGUUUCACCUGGAACUGUUAUUGAUAACACUAUAUGUCAUCCCAAAGACAAUGACUUCUACAUGUGUGCACAUGCUGGGAGGAUUGGCACAAGUCGUCCUACUCAUUACCAUGUUUUAUAUGAUGAAAUUGGGUUCUCAGCAGAUAAUUUACAAGAAUUUGUGCAUUCUCUAUGUUAUGUGCACCAGAGAAGCACAAAUGCCAUAUCAAUAGUUGCACCAAUAUAUUAUGCUGACCUAGCUGCUGCUCAGAUAGCACAAUUUAUAAAAUAUGAUGAGUCAGAGAAUCUUUCCAGCCACAAUGAAUUCAUAUCUCAAAUACCUACUGAGUUACCACGUCUUCAUGAACGAGUUGCAGAUUCUAUGUUCUUCUGUUAAUGAUUCUCUUUCAUUCAAACUCAUGAGUUGAAUGUCAAAUGUAUGU